AUGUCCGAACCAGGCCCCGAAUCAGUCCCAACAAGUGCCGACCCCCGCAGCAAACGGCCCACCAAACGCCGCGCCAUAACCCCAGUCUCCGAACACGCCAACCAAAUCGAAACCCUCUUCAAAGACCCCUCAAAGGAACUCCGCCUCCCCGGCGCCCCCAAGGAGCGCACCUCAUCCUCGCUAGCCCCGCCUCCCGAAAUCGUCGCCAACGUGCAGGGUUCGUCGGCCGGUGCGGGCUCCGGCGAGUUCCACGUGUACAAGGCGAGUCGGCGGCGCGAGUACGAGCGUCUGAAGAUGAUGCAGUCUGAGGUGGAUAAGGAGAAGGGGGAUGCGGAGUGGGAGAAACAGAGGGAGGAGGCGAGGAGGAAGGAUGAGGAGAAGACGGAGAAGAACCGGAGGAGGAGGGAGAAGAAGAGGGCGGCGAGGAGUGGGGGGAAGAACGAAGGUGGUGGUGGGAAUGGGACUAGGAAUGGGGGGAUGGAUGUUGAUAGGUCUUUGUUUAAGGGUCCUGGUCCUUUGCCUCCGAGUCGGGAUAUGGAUCCGACGGCGGAUGGUUGUGAGGGUUAUUCGUCGGCGGAGGUUCCUGGUGUGAUUAUUCAUGAUGAGGAUUGA